AUGCUUAAAAAAGGAACCUGCCGGGAUCGAACCGGCGACCUCAGGAUUUGCAAUAAAUCAUUAAUUUUGAAAUAAAUUAUGAAAAACAAAAUAAAUAAAUAUUUCUACAUAGUUAGCUAACUAAAAUUAAAAAGGAACCUGCCGGGAUCGAACCGGCGACCUCAGGAUUUGCAGUCCUACGCUAUACCACUAAGCUAAGGCUCCAAUAUAACAAAUACAAAAAAAUAAAAUUAACCCUUUUAAACAAAUAAAACUUUUAUAAAAUAUACUUUAAAAGAUAAAUUAUUAAUUUUGAAAUAAAUUAUGAAAAAUAAAACAAAAUAAAUAAAUAUUUCUACAUAGUUAGCUAACUAAAAUUAAAAAGGAACCUGCCGGGAUCGAACCGGCGACUCAGGCUUUGCAGUCCUACGCUAUACCACUAAGCUAAGGUUCCAAUAUAACAAAUACAAAAAAAUAAAAUUAACCCUUUUAAACAAAUAAAAAUUUUGGAAGAAAAAUAUUAGAAGUAGAUUAAUUAAUAUUAGUUAUAAUAACAAGUUUAGUAUUUAAUUCUCAUUUAUUAAAGAAGCUCGCUUUAAAUAAAAAAUAAUGAAUUAUUAGAAAAAAUUAUGA